CGGAAGCACCGGCACCGGCGGCGGCGGAUGGAGCCUGAUACGGAGCGAGCGGAGGCGCCGCGGCGCGGGGGUCCCGGCGGGGUACUAAAGAUGGGCCGUCGAGCCCGCCAGGACUUCUUUACAGAUGAAAAUCACAGCAGGAAGAAUUCCUCCUCUGCUUCUCUUGGAGAGGCCCCUGUAACCUGUCAUCAGCCAUCAUCAAUUGUGAGCUAUAGAAACUCAAAUUUAUUCACCGUGUUCACCUUGCACCUCUGCUUUUACCACUGCCUGUCUUACAAGACACCAAAGGCACUGCUGUACAAGGUGCUUCAGGGUCCACCACCUAAACCCCCCCGCCGGCAAGGAGGCUGGGCAGAUGAUCCUGUAUUGGCACCUACCAAGUCAGGAAGAAAGCAUGCAGAAGAAGUAGAAGACCGUCGUCUCGGACAGCAGAGCCUGGAGGCAUCAGAUGAUGGAGGAGACAUUCCUGUGAUCCCUGACUUGGAGGAAGUCCAGGAAGAAGAUCUGGCCAUGCAAGUGGCAGCUCCCCCCAGUGUGCAGGUGAACCGAGUGAUGACCUACCACGAUCUGGACAAAGAUCUAAGGAAGUAUGCUGCCUUUCAGACUCUAGAUGGAGAAGUUGACCUGAAGCUUCUCACCAAAGUUUUGGCUCCAGAGCAUGAACUGCAAGAGGAUGAUGUCAGCUGGGACUGGGACCAUGUCUUCACAGAGGUGUCCUCAGAACUUGUGACUGAGUGGGACCUGGGACUGUCUGAGAGAGAGGAUCACCUGGGUUUGCCUUAGGGCACUUGCACACUAGACAUCUCAUACAUGCAUCCCCGGUAAAUGGUUAAAGACUUGAAUUUUUUAAAUCACUUUUUUGUAUUUGAGAAUUUAUUUCAGACAUGACCAUGAAUAGGACUUUGCUUCAUAGGAAAACUGGCUCAGGAGAAGUCUUGAAUAUUUUUUAACAAAAGUCUUUGUUCUCAAUAAAGAUUAAGAAUUCUA